AUGCUUCUAUUUUCAGAUAAAUUAAGCACACUUUCUUCAUUCAUUGGUCCAUUCAAGUAUUUCAGCCCUGGUUUGGAAAAUACUGAGGAUGAAGAUAAUUUGAGUACCAGUAGUGUGGAGGUUAAGGAGAAUCGUAAUGUGGGUAACUUAUCCUUGGAAGAUCAUACACGAGCCUCUGGCGACCGGCAAGUCUUUCGCUGUUCAGAUGUAUCCAGAAGUGGAGCAUCGGGAUUGAAAAGGAAAAGGCCGCUGGAGGAAGGGAACAAUGGACACAUGCACCCUAAGGUGCAGCUGAAAUGUAAGAAGUUAUCAUGGUCAGUGAUGCCAAAGAAUGCUCUAGUGCAGCUGAACGAGCUAAAGCCAGGAUUACAGUAUACGAUGGUCUCUCAGACCGGACCUGUGCACGCACCCAUUUUUGCUAUUGCGGUCGAAGUUAACGGCUUUCUCUUUGAGGGCACGGGGCCCACCAAAAAGAAAGCAAAGAUGAGGGCGGCGGAGAUGGCCCUGCAGUCUUUCGUGCAGUUCCCAAAUGCUUCCCAGGCACAUUUCGCCAUGGGCAACUGCGUGAACCCCAGCGCGGACUUCACGUCCGACCAGGCCGACUUCCCCAACACCCUGUUCAAAGAGUUUGAGCCCUCAGUGCAGAGUGAUGGCCUGCCUUGCUGCAGUCCUGCUGAAAAUGAAUUGCUCUACAGCGGUUGGCGACAUGGACGAUUACUCUGCCACACGUUGGAUUUAAUGGUCCAAGCCAAACAGAACAAGCACAAGAUGCCGUUCCCAGCAGCAGGCAGGAAGAACCCAGUUGAGAUGUUAAAUGAGCUGCGCCCGGGACUGAGAUACGUGUGCCUCUCGGAGACAGUGGAGAAGCACGUCAAGAGCUUUGUGAUGGCAGUGAGGGUUGAUGGGAGAACGUUUGAAGGCACGGGACGCAGUAAGAAGCUGGCAAAAGCCCAGACUGCACAGGCUGCUCUUCAAGCUCUCUUUAACAUCCAGCCAGUGCCCAGUGGAAAGCCUUGUCAAAUGCCUGGCAGGAAUAAAUGUCCUCAUUUACCACAGGAAUUUGCUGAUGCAGUAUUUCACCUCGUCACAGAGAAAUUCAAAGAGCUAACAGACAAUUUGACCUCCUCACAUGCACGGCACAAGGUACUUGCAGGAAUCGUAAUGACCAGAGGUCUAAACAUGAAGGAUGCCCAGGUUGUUGCACUGUCAACAGGGACAAAAUGUAUAAACGGAGAAUACAUUAGUAACCAGGGUCUAGCGCUAAAUGAUUGCCAUGCUGAAAUUAUUGUACGGAGAUCUUUAGUUCGUUUCCUUUACUCUCAGCUGGACCUACAUUUAAGUAAACAGCCAGAUGACUGGGAACGUUCCAUCUUUGCCCAUCAAAAAGAGGGAGGCUACAAGCUGAAAGAAAGUAUCCUUUUCCAUCUGUACAUCAGCACACCACCUUGUGGAGAUGCUCGCCUGAGCUCUCAUCGAGAAGCAAGGGCUGAAUUGCAACACAGCAGGCCAUUGAACAGGAGAGUUCGGGGCCAUCUCAGAACGAAGAUUGAAUCCGGAGAAGGCACUAUUCCAAUCCGGUCCUGCAACUCCAUCCAGACAUGGGAUGGAGUAUUACAGGGAGAACAGCUGUUGACAAUGUCCUGCACUGACAAGAUUAACAGGUGGAACAUUCUGGGCACUCAAGGAUCGCUCCUGAGUCAUUUCAUCGAACCGAUCUACCUGCAGAGCAUUGUGUUAGGAAGCACCCACCACAUUGACCAUCUUUCCCAGGCAAUGUGCCAACGACUAGAGGAUAUCGGUCAGCUGCCACCACCCUACCGAUACAACCAGCCUCUCCUCAGUGGGGUCAGUAGCACUGGACUUCGUCAGCAGGGAAAGUCUCCAAGCUUCAGCGUAAACUGGGCGUUGGGUGACCCCGACCUGGAGAUUAUUAAUGCUACAACAGGAAAGGGGGACCUGGGCUGUUCAUCCAGACUCUGCAAACGUGCACUUUAUACCCAGUGGGCAAAGCUUUAUGGAAAGCUGAGUACACGAGCCUCAAACCUUCGGGGAACACCGUCCAUGUACUGCGAAGCCAAGCUGGCAGCCGAGAACUACCAGGCCGCCAAGCAGCAGCUGUUUAAGGCAUUGCAGAAAGCUGACCUGGGCACGUGGGUAAAGAAGCCCCCAGAGCAGGAUCAGUUCUUGCCCGCUGCGUAG